AGAAGAAGAAGAAGAAGAAGGAUAGAAGAAAAUCUACGCCACUACUCUUCUUACUGCGGCUAAGUAAAAAUUCUGUGGAUCACUGAUUGCAUCUUGUGUUCGUGUUUCCACUCGAAUUGCCGACUGCCUUCUAUGGGCCCUACUGGCCUCGUCUCUUCUUCUUCCUCCCCUUUUAGGAGGAUCAACAGUCCUCGGGAGUCGGAGAGUUGGCGGAUCGGAGGGAGGCAAAAGGGCCAAUGGGGGGCUUUUCCUUGUACUUGUUGCCCUCCUCCCUCGUCUCCUCCACUGUUUCUUUAUGCUUCUUCUUAUCAUUGGCUUUGGUGCUGAAUUAUGGGGUGGUCGGUGGUUUGGCGGCUAGCCAGGCGAGUGACCGGAUCACCUGGCUACCAGGCCAGCCCCCCGUGGGAUUCUCCCAGUACUCUGGCUAUGUUACGGUGAAUGCCAGCGCCGGCCGGGCGCUGUUCUAUUGGUUAAUCGAGGCGCCGCCGGCCGCCCAGCCUGCGCCACUCAUCCUCUGGCUCAAUGGCGGGCCGGGUUGCUCUUCUGUAGCCUACGGUGCUUCGGAGGAGCUCGGUCCCUUCCGCAUCCACCCGGAUGGAAAGACCCUCUUCUUGAAUCCGUAUGCUUGGAACAGUGUGGCCAAUUUGCUCUUCUUGGAGUCCCCGGCUGGUGUGGGCUUCUCCUAUUCCAAUACCUCGUCGGAUCUUUACACUGCUGGAGACCAGAGAACAGCUAUGGAUGCAUACAAUUUUCUUGUGAAUUGGUUUGAGAGGUUCCCCCAAUACAAAUAUCGGGAUUUCUACAUCACUGGAGAAAGCUACGCAGGGCACUACGUUCCUCAAUUAUCUCAAAUAGUGUAUAGGAAGAACAAGGGCUUUCAGAAUCCCAUCAUUAAUUUCAAGGGGUUCCUGGUUGGUAAUGGUGUUACUGAUGAUUACCAUGAUUUUGUUGGCACCUUUGAGUAUUGGUGGACCCAUGGCCUGAUAUCUGAUGACACUUAUCGUGAUCUGAGGGUCAUCUGUGACCUUCAAUCCUCACAACACCCUUCAGCAGAUUGUAUGAAGGUUCUUGAAGCUGCUUCUAACGAGAUGGGAAACAUCGACCCGUACAGUAUCUACACAAGGCCUUGCAAUGACGCUACUACUCUUAAGCGCAAAUUAAGGGGUCAUUAUCCUUGGAUGUCCAGAGCUUAUGAUCCCUGUACUGAAAAUUAUGCCAAUGUGUACUAUAACCGUCCUGAGGUGCAGAAGGCACUCCAUGCCAAUGUUACCGGUAUACCUUAUCCUUGGGAUACAUGCAGCAAUAUUGUUGGGAAAUACUGGACAGAUUCUCCUAGAUCCAUGCUUCCUAUAUAUCGUGAACUUAUUGCAGCUGGCCUAAGGAUAUGGGUGUUCAGUGGAGACACUGAUUCUGUAGUGCCCCUGACUGCGACAAGAUAUUCAAUCGAUGCUCUCAACCUUUCAACUGUCAUCAGCUGGUAUGCUUGGUAUGACCAAGGAAUGGUCGGUGGAUGGACUCAAGUUUACAAGGGCCUGACCUUUGUGACUGUCAGAGGAGCAGGCCAUGAGGUUCCUCUCCAUCGCCCUCGACAAGCUCUUGUACUGUUCAAACAUUUCUUACAAAACAGGCCCAUGCCAGCUGAAACCUAAGAAGCAAUCAAUUGAAGCAGGAGGACAACAGAAGCUUCAAAGCAGCAUGAACAUUCAUUUCCACCAAGUGCCCACCUUUGGUGCUUGGUGAAAUUUAUAUCAUCUUUUAUCAGCCUUCAAUUUAUUGUUUAAUUUCCAUAUAGUAUCUUCCAGCAUAUUUGUAUUUUUAGCAGCCAUUUUUAUAAGUAUGUCAAGAAAGUCUGGACAAUAACAAGGAAUGAGGAGUCUAGUGCAACUGUGCAUAUUUCUGUAGCUGGACAAUAACAAAAGACAAGGAGGCUAAUGCAACUGUGCAUACUUCUGUAUUUAUCAGCUAAGAAUUAAUGAAGGUCUACUUGUCUUUCAAUUGGUUAUUGGAGUUCACAGAAUGUCCUCCUCAUAGCUAUAGCAUUGUUGGCAAGUAUGAAUUCUAUA